AUGCCUUCCUCAAAAUCGCCUCUUAUAAGGAAGGUGAGAGAUUCUUAUGGAUCUACUGGAGCAUCAUCAAACGUUCUAGGUACGGCAUCUCUCCCCGUCAUUUCGGGUACAACUGGAUCAAGGCGUCGUUAUGGGAAUCCUUACCGUGCUCAAUCGUCAGGAUUGCCAUCUAGGGAAUCCACAGAGAUUCCGGACAAUUCAAAUGUUCCUCAAGGGGUUGUGAAUUACCAACUAGAGAAGCCCCCUCACCCUAAAUUAAGCACAUUGGCAGGAGUCACUAUGCCCACAAUUCUCAAUGUACUUUCCAUAUUGAUGUUCCUUCGUUUUGGCUUUAUUUUGGGUCAGAUGGGCAUCGUUGGAACUCUUUUUUUGUUGGUACUCAGUUACGGUAUAAAUAUAUUGACGACUCUAAGUGUCAGUGCUAUUGCUACCAACGGUAUUGUGAAAGGUGGGGGUGCCUACUACAUGAUCAGUCGAAGUUUGGGUGUAGAGUUUGGAGGAGCCAUUGGUAUCAUCUUAUUUAUAGGGCAGAUAUUGAACUCUGCUAUGAAUGCAGCAGGUAUUGUCGAACCUUUACUAUACAACUUCGGUGUUCGGGAGGGCAUUAUUAUACAGAUACUCCCGGAUCAAGGCAUUUGGCAGCUUUUUUAUGCUACUGCGGUGCUUGCUCUUUGUACUUUAGUGGCAUUGGUUGGUGCGGGACUUGUGUCCCGUUGCGGAGGUUUGUUUUGUGUAGUGCUUCUCACUGCCACUUUAUCCAUUCCAGUAUCCUCGAUUGUUAUGAAGCCCUUCGAUUUACCUGACUUGGGAGUUAGUUAUUCCGGUUUAUCCUGGGAAACGUUUUUCGAGAACUUGUGGCCUCAUUAUACGGCAGGGGCUGCAGGUUCUCGAUUGGCCACGGUCGAAACAUUUAAUGACUUGUUCGGUAUAUUUUUCCCGGCUACUGCUGGUAUCCUAGCAGGAUCCUCAAUGAGUCAAGAUCUUGCCAAUCCUUCUAAAGCCAUUCCUACAGGAACUCUUCAAGGUAUUCUUGUGACUGUUGUCUGUUACUUUCUUGUAAUUUGUACCAUGGGUUGCGCUAUUCCACGUCAACUACUCUACAGAGAGGUACAGGUUCUUCAAACUGUGAGUGUUUCUCCUAUUUUGGUUGUGAUGGGUGAAACUGCAGGAACUCUAUUUUCAAUAAUUGUUGGCCUUGUUGGUGCCGCACAGCUUUUGCAAGCUAUUUCCCGUGAUCAAAUUUUCCCUGGAUUGUCCAAAGUAUUUGGCUCAAACAAGUAUCCCUCUAAGGGCUGGUAUGCAAUCGCUUUUUCCUGGUUGUUAUGCCAGCUAUGCCUCUUUGCAGACGUCAACCAGCUUGCCACAAUGAUUACUAUGGCUUUUCUUAUGACUUUCAUAGCCAUUAAUGUAGCUUGUGGGCUACUUAAAAUUGGCUCUGCGCCAAAUUUCAGACCCAGUUUCCGUUACUUCAACGUUUAUACAGCGUUCUCCGGAACUGUAGCCUCCGUUGUGGCUAUGUUUAUUGUGGACGGACUCUCAGCUUGUCUUGUUAUUACGUUUAUGGCCUUCUUGAUUGUUCUCAUCCACUACGUUUCACCUCCAAAACAGUGGGGUGACGUUUCACAAUCGUUGAUUUAUCAUCAGGUGCGUAAGUAUUUGCUCAAGCUUCGUCAGGAUAACGUGAAGUAUUGGCGACCACAAAUAUUAUUGCUUGCUGAUAAUCCACGAACCACGUGGCGUCUUAUACGGUUCUGUAAUCAUCUUAAGAAGGGUGGCCUCUACGUUUUGGGACACGUUCUGGUAACUCGUCAGUUUCAACAACGUGCUGGCGAACUAAACAAGCAAAGGGCAGCUUGGGAGAAAGUUCGUGAUCUUGCUAACAUCAAAGCGUUUGUCCAGAUUGCCAUAGCACCUACAUUUUCUUGGGGGGUCAGAAAUGUUUUCUUGGGUAGCGGAUUGGGUGGCAUGAAACCAAAUAUCACUAUUCUCGCAUUUUAUGAUCUUUCGAAUUACUCGAAAGAGCAGCUGAAGCUACCCAGCAGGCUGAAAUUUGAAAAUAGAACUGAUCAAUAUGCCAAUCAGGUGGACAUAGGUAUGGACAAAUUGCCCACAGAUAGUUGUGCGUUGGAGCAGAAGGUAAAAUUGAUGGAGUGGGUUCAAACCUUGGAGGAUUUGUCUCUGCUGAACAGUAAUGUGGCUGUGGCCAAGGGGUUCCCACGUCUUUUAAUACCCAGUGAGGAAGCGCCAAAAGUGUCCGAGAGUUCCAAGAAGUACAUUGAUUUGUAUCCGAUUCAAAUGGCCUCGAAAGUUACGGACAAAACCGGCGACAAAAACAUGAUGACAACCAAUUUUGAUACUUACACACUCAUUUUGCAAUUGGGUGCGAUAUUGCAUACAGUACCUGCCUGGCACAAGACGCAUAGGUUACGGGUUGUUGUAUUUGUGGAGUAUAUAGAGGAUGUUAAGGAGGAAAGGGAGCGUGUAAUGUCUUUAUUGGAUAUUCUUCGGAUUGAAGCAGAGGUCGUAGUGAAAUGUUUAGACUCAGGCGAAUUUUCCAGCUACAGAUACAUAGCUAGGGGUGAGCAUAUUACAGAUAAUAGUCUGAUGAAGCUCAUAGACGAGACGCUGCACUCUGAUGUGUGGUGGAAGACAUUGAAGCAAUUCAGGGACGAAGAGCAACAAAUUCGAGAGAUGCAAGACAAUACCCCUCACAACACUAUAGAAUUUCCUUCCUCGACGGAGAAUUCAGUAACAGUUAAUUCAAGGGCAAUUCGGAACAUUGAGCGAUCACAACAUAGAGGAAGGUAUUCAUUCUCCAAGAUGAACAACCUUGGAGUGUCACUUUCGAUGGUGGCCAACAAAUUGCCAGCGGCGGAUAUUCAUAGGAUGACAGAAGAGUCCACUGAAGAUGAUUGGAGUUAUAGCCGCUCCACAUCAGAUACCGAAUCAGUAACCUCUUACGCGUCGUCCAUCUCAGCGUUGCCAAGUCCCUACAUACUGCCUAAGACAGCCUCUGAACAUGUACCCCAUUUUACAAUUGGUGCAGGUAGUACUGCAUCUAUUAAUGGGUCCAACACUGUAAUGAGUGGGGCUAGUGGAAGUAUCGGGGUGGGCAGUGGUGGCAAUGCUGGUAGUACUGGCAAUGGUGGUUCAAACGGAACUGCAGAGAGCACAACUGGUGGCUCCACCAUGAAUGGCAGCAUUGUUACUCCCGUACGCAAAAACGGAAAUAGUGCAUACCGUAUGCGUCGACCUAUAUUUGACACAUUGAAGUCUAGUCAUUCUUUACGGAAAGAACGUUCGUCAAUGAUGUUUACCGCUGAAACUAUGCCAUCGUCGCAUGUUUUGGAAGAUGCGCAGGGUAACGAGCCCUCUAUUGUAUUUAUUAAGGAUCAGAAGCCGAAAAAAAAGAAAGAGGUGCAGGAAAAUACGAUCAAAAAGGAUAUUGCACAUGUGAAUACGGCUCGUCCCUGUCCCGAGGGGAUUUCCGAUGGAUCAUUUGUGAUCGGCGCGUCAGGCGUAACUAGUGGGGUCAACGGAUUUGAUGGAGUCAAAGGAGGCAGAGAGGCUAAUAAUUUUACCGCAAGCAUAGAUGGCAUCGGAAUUAGUCCUGUAUGCUCUCCGAAAGUUCAUUUGUCCAGCAGCUGUGAUGCAGGUGCCGUACAGAAUGUUAAUAUUACUGUGAAGAACGGCAAAUCAUCCACUCCUCAGUCAUAUUCAGAUACUUCGUCCACGUCAUUGUCAUUUAAUGAGCUGCCAAAUAAAUGUCAGUUUUUGAUUCUCAAUGAGCUGAUGAGAGACACUUCGAAGAACUCGGCUUUGAUUUUUUCUACGUUACCAGCACCGGACAUUGGACUUCACGAAAGUGAAGACGACUGUAUUGAGUAUGCGGCCGAUCUAGAAGUCUGGUGUGCCGGUCUACCGCCCACUUUGCUCAUCAACGCCAAGACAAUGACCGUGACAACCAAUUUGUAA